AUGUCUAUGGAAACACGUAAUGGCCUCUUGUCCAAAUUGGGCAUAUUCGGCGUAGCAGCCGUCACCUUGUUCAUGGUGGGAAAGAGACAUAUCGCUUCCUACAAAGAUGAAAGACACAAGAGAGAAACCGAUGCCAGAAUUGAUUCUGAAGCUGAUGAGUUUGGUAUUACCGCCAGAAGGCCCGGUUUUCCCGUAAACAAUCCUACAAUGAACUAUGAAACAGGAUACAGAGCUUCAAAGUACCAAGGAUCAGGAAACUCGUAUUCUUCCAGAAGACCUGGAGACAGAUUGUCGAUGUUCUCGGUCUUUGAUCGAGACUGGUCCAAGAAGGAACAUGACGAAACCAACUACUACACACCCAGCAGAUCCGAUAAGAGCUAG